CCUGCGAAGACUGAUGUAUCCCUGGCAGUGUGACACCUCGGUGACUGCCAGUAGUCUCGAGAUCUCAGCGACACCCUCGCCAAACACUGGCAGCACAAGGCAGUGACCUGCUAUCGUUUUACUCACUCACGUCAGGUCCAAAUUCAGUUCUCUGCUUACUAUGUCCGAGUUGCUCGUGUCAUUGGGAGUUGGCAUGCCUCUGUAUACCCUAUAAAGCUUAAUGGGUCUCACACAGCAUCUCUGGGGAUCGCUGAGCUUCGUCAUUAUCAUAAGUACUGUGCUGAAAUACUGCUAGGCGCUCAUUUGCUCAUGUUUCCAUCGCUCGAAUUCUUGUACGAAAUCUGGGUGCGGAAAGCACUCUCCGCAGCUGGCCACACCGUGCUAAUCUACGAUUACCUUCUGACCUUCGACGAUGAAAUCUCGUACAUUUGGAAUGCCCCUUGGACAGUCGUGAAAGUGUUGUUCCUCAUCAACCGAUAUGGGGACCUUGCAGGGCAAACUCUCAUUCGGUUGGAAGAGGUUGGCAUUCUCACAAAUAAUUCCCAAUUAUUCUGUCAAAGGUUUGACAUUAUCACCACAUACUUUAUGAUCUUAUCUUCAGAGUCGAUUCACAUACUUGUGCUCAUACGUGCGUGGGCUAUCUGGGGGGCUCGGAGGAACACGAAAAAUUUGCUUGUCGGGGGCUAUGUGUCUUACGUCCUUAUUUUGCUAGGCAUAGCUUCGUAUGGUGCACACAAUGAUUCCAGUAGGCUAACUCCUUACUCUCAAUUUUGAUAUUCUUUGAUGUAGUCGCGCUCGGGCAGGUGAGCAGUUUCAGUACCUCGACCUAAUCAAGAUCUGCGCGUCGGCGAUGCCAAAAUUAAUGUGGCUCUGCUAUGUCGGAAGGUUGGCAUGCUGUGUUCCACGUUUACAAGGCGUGCUGAAGAUCAUGAAGCUUUAUUCUCGAUGCAGUAACCUUUGUCUUAACAACGCGAAGUCUGCGGAGAUACUCUAAGGAAUUUCAAUGUCUCUACCCCUCCGAUCUCCUCCACU